GCACAUCCAAGCCUCCUGGUCGUCUGCUGCCCAAUUCGCAGCCGCGACGGCGUUACGGGUCAAGAUAAACAGACGUGGGAGACAUUCUUGAACGGCUUUAGCCCUGGUGCGAGCCCUACGCGAGGUCGGAGCAGCGGAAGUCACAGAUAUCAUCUGCAGUGGCAGCAAUCCCAGCAGCUCUCGCGCGCGGAGCGAUGGCCUCAUCGAUCCGAUGUUCCGUCCUCAUCUCACUCCUGUUCGCCCAAGAUGCUACAGCGCUCCGGGGCCCACCAAACGCGCCCAACAACGACCGGCGCCGCGCGCGCCUCGAGCAGCGCGGCCUCUCGCCGCAGCCUCCAUUAAAAAUGGUCGCGGCCCCGCCCGACGCCGAGCUCGCUUCCUCUCUAGCAAGGCGCACUCUACUCACGACGCAAAAAGGAUGCUGGGCGGGAUGGGAGGUCAGCUUCGAUCCCAGGACCGGCCGGCCAAAACCUUUAGAUGACGCCUACGUCGCCGAGGAGCUGCGGGAGUGGGGCCAGUCGCCGCUCGGCUGGGAGACUUUUGUGGAGGAUAGUGGCGAGGACUCGCUCUGGCAGCGGAGCGGUUUUAGGGUAUUACCGGAAGCGGGCUGUGCGGCGGACGAAGUGGCCGUGGCGCCCUUUUCCUGGGGUGUGGACUUGGCGUCGUGUCGGGUCGUCGCCUCAUCACACGGCAUCCUCGCGGCGGACUCUCCCAGACGGCCGUCGGGCGAGUGCGGCUCGGCGGUGAGCCAGCCCUUUGUUGAUGUGCGCACGAUCUUCGGGCCUUCGGAUCUCGGGGAUCGGAUCCGUGUUGAUGUGAAAGUUGAUGCUGCCUCGUGCACAAUCAUUUCGUGCGUCGUUUGUGCUGAAAGAAGAGAUUCUUCGACGGAGCCGCCGUUCUCGUCUCCGCCGAAGCCAGGGUCCGCGCGAGCCAAGGGUUUGGACUCGUCUUCCGUAUCGUCGCGAUGCGGGCCCUGCUUCGUGACGUCGAAGGACGGCGCGGCGUCCUUUGAUGAAGACGGUGCCACAAAAUUGGAACUUGUCGACGGCCUGAUCCACGUCUGGCUCGCGCCGCGAAAUAAUGGCGGCGCCGACGUCGGCGUCGUGCUGGGCGGGCGGGGCCUGCGCCGUUCCAUCGCCGCGGACGGGGAUGUGGUGGAUGUGGGGCGGAUAAGCUAGGUUAUGUAUCGCA